GCUCCACCAAAUCUAUACAUAUAUACACCAUUUUAAUUUAGUUAUCUCACAAUUGUGCACCCUUUAACAAUGAUGAAAAAGGGAAGCAUAGCUACCUUUUCCACAAACCAAAAACAUUCAAGCAAAUAUGGUGUUAGAUCUAUUAGUUUACCAACAAGAUCACAUCCAAGCACAAUACAAAUUGAAGAAGAAUUAAUCAAACUCAAAUCAUGGGAAACAUCAUCAACAUCAAAGGUUGAAACAAUUUGUUUUGGUCUCUCUGGCCUAACAGAAUUGUACAAAUGCAUAGAACAUCUUCUAAAAUUGCCACUAACACAACAAGCAUUAUCUCAACACAAAAAUGAGAAAUGGGUGGAUGAGUUGUUAGAUUUUCCACUUAGAUUCUUAGACCUUUUGAGCAAAACAAGAGAUGAUGUUUUGUUAAUGAAAGGAAAAGUUGAAGAGCUUCAAUCUGUUCUUAGAAGGAGAAAAGUUGGUGAUAUGGAAAACCAUGUUGCUGAAUAUUGGUGUUUGAGAAGGAAAAUGAGAAAGGAAUGUACAAAAUCACUUCUUUUGUUGAAACAAAUUGAUGGGUCAAUUGGAUCAUCAUUUUUUUCAUUGGAUCUUAAUAAUCAUCUUUGUUCAAUUGUAAAAGUGCUUAUUGAAGCUAGUUUGAUUACUAGUUCAAUCCUUCAAUCACUUGUUGUGUUUCUUUCUUCACCAAUUUUGAGAUCAAAGGUUAAUAAAUGGUCAUUGGUUUCAAGGUUGAUGCAGAAGGGUGUGUUUGGUUGUGAUAAUCAAAAUGAGAAUAUUAAUGAGUUGGAAAAAGUGGAUUUUGGAGUUAGUAGUUUGAUGAUUAUGGAAAAUGAGGCUGAGAAGAUUCAAUCUGCACAUGGAAGAUUAGAAGCUUUGGUGGUGGCUAUUGAAGGAAUUGAAAAUGGAUUAGAAUGUUUGUUUAAGAGAUUGAUUAAUACUCGUGUGUCUUUUUUAAAUAUUAUUUCUCCUUAAUUAAUAUGGAUUAUGAAAUCAUAUUAUAGGGAUGACAUUUUCCAAAUGUACAGAUUGUCAGAUUACACAUGAUUUUGUACUUAUUGUUAUUGAUGCAUUUGUACAAUUUGUUUGUUACUUAAGUUUCUUAAAUUGAAGUUUUGUA